CGGUGUUAAAGUGACUCGGGAAACAAAAGUCUUUAUCUGCAUGAGGGGGGAUCACGUGUUGGGGACGUGGAAGGAUGUGAAGGUUCGGUUCGGUUCCGAGUGAAACUUUUGAGACUCUGAGGACGGUCGGAACCGAUGAAAGGUGAGCCAUGUGGUGGGCGGAGCCGCGAGGAGACACGCCCCUCGGGCACCAUUCUUCUCCAGAGGGCUGCAGACCGUCACUCUGAUUCCUGGAGAUGGAAUCGGUCCGGAGAUCUCCUCCGCUGUGAUGCAGAUCUUCGAUGCUGCUAAGGCGCCAAUCAGGUGGGAGGAGAGGAACGUCACGGCGAUCAAAGGACCGGGCGGCAGGUGGAUGAUCCCUCCAGACGCCAAAGAGUCCAUGGACCGGAGCAAGAUCGGCCUGAAAGGACCCCUGAAGACGCCCAUCGCGGCGGGACACCCCUCCAUGAACCUGCUGCUCAGAAAGACCUUUGACCUCUACGCCAACGUGCGGCCCUGCGUGUCCAUCGAGGGCUACAAGACGCCGUACACCGACGUGGACCUGGUCACCAUCCGGGAGAACACGGAGGGCGAGUACAGCGGCAUCGAACACGUGAUCGUUGACGGCGUCGUUCAGAGCAUCAAGCUGAUCACGGAGAACGCCAGCCGACGGAUCGCCGAGUACGCCUUCGAGUACGCCAGGAACAACCAGAGGAGCAGCGUGACGGCCGUGCACAAGGCCAACAUCAUGCGCAUGUCUGAUGGGCUGUUCCUGAGGAAAUGUCGGGAAGUGGCCGAGAACUACAAGGACAUCAAGUUCACCGAGAUGUACCUGGACACCGUGUGCCUUAAUAUGGUUCAGGACCCCACACAGUUUGACAUCCUGGUCAUGCCAAACCUGUACGGAGACAUCCUGAGCGACCUGUGUGCCGGUCUGAUCGGGGGUCUUGGCGUGACUCCCAGCGGAAACAUCGGCGCCAAUGGAGUGGCCAUCUUUGAAUCGGUGCAUGGCACCGCCCCCGACAUCGCCGGGAUGGACCUGGCCAACCCCACGGCGCUGCUGCUCAGCGCUGUCAUGAUGCUGCGCCACAUGGGCCUCCACGACCACGGGAACAAGAUCCAGACGGCCUGCUUCGACACCAUCCGAGACAAGAAAGUGCUGACGAAGGACCUCGGCGGGAACUCCAAGUGCUCCGAGUUCACGGCUGACAUCUGCCGCCGCAUCCAGGACCUGGAUUGAGGGCGGGGCCUGUCCCGCCGCCACCUCCUGACCAUUCUUCUGCGCAGCUUCAGCCGUGUCGGCCAUCUUUUCUCACACGCCAGAGGAGGCGGAGCUUCGUGUCCUGUCCAGCUGAUCAUGAAUGUGAUGUCAUCAGAGGAGAGCCGAGGCGCCGUCAUCCGUGUCCUAAUCGGCUUCAGUGUUUUGUUUGUUUGAUUUCUGUGAUGGCCUUUGACCUCAGCGGGGUGCACUUAUUUAUUGUUUCUGCUUCCUGUCUGCAGAUUCACAAAUAUAUCUUCUACCACCAGA